GACAAUUGGCAACACAAUUGUUAAAUGCAGACUCUGUUAGACGUAAAGAUUCUAGAAUUUGUAUCGUUAGUUCAGGUUUAGUAAUUUUACAAAUUCCUUGCAAAUGGAGCAAAAUGAAGGUACGCCUGUUGGCUAUGGACGAGGGCGACCUACUGAUACUGGAGCACUUCGGCGGCCUUUAGCAUAUAACACGUAUGCAAGCCAAGAUUUUGUACCAACAGAAGGCAGCAAUCCAAAUGGAUUAUUCGCCGAGACAUCAUGGCAUGAUCCUUCGAGAGAUUUUUCUUAUAUGGCUUCACCAUCUGGAGAUCAUGCACGUCCUCAAAAUCACAGUGUAACUCCAGAUUCAAAUUCUAGUGAAAGGAAACCUGUCUCAUUUUCAAAGUUGUCUCCUUAUGCAGAAGUAUUUGUACCCAGAAAUUUUAGGCCUGAACCCAGAGUUCCGCCAGCUGAGGUACCAGAAGAAUCUCUCAUAGAUUCUUUAUCUGAUUCUUAUCCUGUUCAAGAAUUACGUUCUUUUUUGAAUGAAAUAACAAUGUGUCCUGGUAAAUUUGAAAGGAGAAUUCAGCCACUGACUGAGACUUUAAAUUCCAUGGUGGAUGAUGAUGAUACUAUGCGUGCUAUUGUUAAUAUAAUACUUGAUGAGUCCGUUAGACAACCUAAUCUACGCUACAGUGGUGCUAGACUUUGUAAAACACUGUGUGAUGACCUUGUUGUCCCACCUGAUCGAAAUAAUUUCAGAAAUAUACUCUUGCUAAGGUGUAAUCAGGAGUUUAAACGCCGAGAAAGUCUUGCUCAAGCAGAAGAUGGAGGAACAUAUUUUAGAGGCUUUGCUAUGUUUUUAGCUGAACUCUUCUCUCAGUUGGAAGUGAAAAAGCAAAAAAUUAGUGUGUUGGGUGACAAUUUACCUUUUCUGAUUAAAACUGUUUUAGCGUAUGGAUGUCCUGAAAAUUUUAAAUGUGCCUGCCAAAUACUCAAGCUCGUCGGUGCAUAUUUGGAAGAUUAUGAAAGAGCAAAAAUAGAAAACAAUGGAAUGGCACCUGAGAUGGAUAGUAUAAUGUGCACCUUAAAAAACCUCUCUAGUAAUACUGAAUAUUCAAG